AUGCGUUAUGUUACCGUACUUGGUGCAGGUCUUUUAGUUGGUAUAGCACUUGCUGUGAUAAUGCCUGAAGGCGCUCAUGCUUUAUAUAUGAAUGAAUUAGAAACUACUCAUGAUAAGAUACAAUUGAAAUAUAAAAUUGUUCAUCGACACCUGAAUCAUGAAGAUAAAUUAGAUAAAACUAAAGAUUUACCUCAUGUUCAUAAACCUGAAGUUGAAAUAUCGAAAAAAUUAAGUACACAUAAACAUUCCGCUGCUACUCAUGCAGCAAUUGGUAUGUCAAUAUUAGAGAUGUGCGAGACUGCUCGAAAUAAUUUUUGCCGGUUUCGAGACUAA